AUGAAGGGAAACUUCCGCACGUUCAUGCAAAAAGAGAUUUUCGAACAGCCCGAGAGCGUCUUCAACUCGAUGCGAGGCCGCGUCAACUUUGAACACAAUCGCAUCGUUCUUGGCGGCAUUAAGGAAUUCCUGCCUGAGAUCAAGCGUUGCAGGCGCCUCAUCAUGAUUGCGUGUGGCACCAGCUAUCAUUCGGCCUUGGCAACUCGCCAGAUUGUCGAGGAACUGACAGAGUUGCCGGUUACCGUGGAAUUGGCCAGCGACUUUUUCGAUCGUCAAACUCCAAUCUUCCGCGAUGACGUUUGUUUUUUCAUUUCGCAGUCCGGAGAAACCGCUGACUCUCUCAACGCUCUGCGUUAUUGCAAAAGCAAGGGAGCAUUGAUCAUCGGUAUAACAAAUACAGUUGGAAGGUGAGU